AGCGACAACCCUGCAUCUCCGCACCGCCCGCCGCAUUGUAGAAAAGGCAAUUGGCUUGAUCUGCGCACGCGCACGUGGAGGAGGGGAACGAGACGCCCGGAAUGCGCUUGCGUAUGCAUCCGAGUACCCACGUCGUUGCUUGCGUUUGUCAAUUUGUGUAGAACCGUCACCUCCUCUGUGAAGGGCUUGGGGUGUCUGCCUCUCUCUGUGUCUAAAGGGGCGACCUGCCACCCUUGUUCAGCAAGAUCAAACGAGUAUUGGCUUCCGGACCCCAGGCACAAGGAAAGGGGUAGUUGUGGAGGACAUCUGAGGACGGGUCGAGACCAUCAGCUCCACCCCUAGAUCCCUCAUCCUUGUCGACAUUGUUAUUGCCUUCCUUGUUCAGCAGAAGGGGAAACUGAGCCUGGAGAGCUUGAGCCACUUCCCCUUGGUCUCUCAGACUCCGCCAGCACCAGGAGGGAAUGACCUCUGAACUCCCAGCAGCCCCCAGCUCUCUGGAAUCUGUGACAUUCCAAGAUGUAACUAUAGACUUUACCCAGCGGGAAUGGAGGCAACUGACCCAUGCCCAGAAGAGCCUGUACCGGGAGGUGAUGCUGGAGAACUAUGAGAACUUUGUCUCUGUGGCAGGGUUUCCAGGUUCCAAACCAGAGCUGAUCUCCCAGUUGGAAUGUGGGAAAGGCCCAUGGAUGCUGCUGGAGGAAGAAGUGAGAAGCCGCUGUCGAGAUUGGGAAUUUCAGUCAGAGACCAAGAAGACUUUCUCUAUUCAGUACAUUUCCUUGGAGGACACAUCACAGGAAAGGCUUACAAAGGGUGGUCCCUGGGACCAUGAAUUUGGAGAAGUUGACAAUUGUAAAAACAACUUUGAUGGGCAUAUAGCUAAUCAGGAGAGAGAUUUGAUUGAAGGAACUCGAGAUAAAAUUUUAAACAGGACCAAAGGCCGCAAAUCUAAUCAGUUUAUGAAAAGCUUUAAUCAAAAUCCAGUCCUUGAUACACCAAGGAAAGUUUCUUCAGAAAAGAAGCUUUAUAAGUAUGAUACAAAUAAAAAUAACAUAUUUUCUUCAGACCUGAGCGAUCGUAAUGAAAUCUCAGGAAAGAAAUCCCGUAAGAAAGCCUUCAAUGACCCCUCAGACCUAAGUGAAGAUCAAAGAAUAGCCACUAAAGAAAAACCCUACACAUUUACUGAAUUUGGCAAUGCCUUCCACCAGAAGCGACACCAUACUCAAUGUCACAGAAGUGGGAAACCAUACAUCUGCAGAGACUGUGGGAAAACCUUCAAUCAGAUCACAUACCUUAUUCAACAUCAGGGAAUUCAUGAUGGAGAGAGACCCUAUAAAUGUAGUGACUGUGGAAAAGCUUUCACCAAUAGUUCAUCCCUUAUUCUACAUCACAUCAUUCAUAGUGGAGAAAAACCCUAUGAAUGCCAUGAAUGUAGGAAGCUCUUCAGCAAUCGAACAGGACUGUUUGUACAUCUGAGAAUUCAUACUGGAGAGAAACCCUUUCAGUGUAAUAUAUGUAAAAAAGCCUUUAGCCAGAAAGGGGACCUUUCUCGACACCAGAAAGUUCAUACAGGAGAGAAACCCUAUAAGUGUAACAUAUGUGGAAAAGCUUUUAGCCAGCAAGGACAUCUUACUGCACACCAGAGAACUCAUAAUGGAGAAAAACCUUAUAAAUGUAAUGAAUGUGGAAAAGCAUUCAGCAAUAGCUCAUCCCUAAUUCUACAUCACAGAAUUCAUAGUGGAGAGAAACCCUAUGAAUGUCCCGAAUGUGGGAAGCCUUUCAGUAAUCACGCAGGCCUCAUUGUACAUCAGAGAAUUCAUACUGGUGAGAAACCCUAUAAAUGUGACAUAUGUGAAAAAGCCUUCAGUCAGAAAGGUCAUCUUUCUGAACAUCAGAGAAUCCAUACUAGAGAAAAACCAUAUAGUUGUAAUAUAUGCAAGAAGGCCUUUAGCCAGAGGGGAGACCUUUUUCGACAUCAAAAAAUUCAUAAUGGAGAGAAACCAUAUGAUUGCGGUGAAUGUGGAAAAGCUUUCAGCCAGAAAGGAGACCUUACUAAACACCUAAGAAUUCAUAGUGGUGAGAAACCUUAUAAAUGUAACAAAUGUGGUAAAGCCUUUAGCAUCAGCUCUCAACUCAACAUGCAUGAAAGAAUUCAUACUGGAGAGAAGCCCUAUAAAUGUAACUUAUGUGAGAGAGCCUUCAUCCAAAAAGGUCGUCUUACUGAACAUUACAGAAUUCAUAAUGGAGACAAACCUCACAAAUGUGCUGAAUGUGGAAAGGCCUUCACCCAAAUUACAUACCUUACCCGACAUGAAAGAAUCCAUACUGGGGAGAAACCGUAUAAAUGCAAUGAAUGUGAGAAAGCUUUCAGCAAUAGCUCAGCACUCAAUGUACAUCAGAAAAUUCAUAUUGGCGUGAAAUCUCAUGUAUGUCUUGAAUGUGGGAAGGCCUUCCUCCACAGUAUAGGCCUUAGUUUGCAUCAGAGAGUUCAUACUGGAGAAAAACCAUAUAAAUGUGACAUAUGUGAAAAAGCUUUCAGUCAGCGAGGAGACCUUUCUCGGCAUCAGAAAAUUCAUAAUGGAGAUAAACCCUAUAAAUGUAGUGACUGUGGAAAAGCUUUCACCCAGAGGGGACACCUUACUGAACAUCAAAGAGUCCACAGUGGGGAGAAACCAUAUAAAUGUAAAGACUGUGGUAAAGCCUUUAGCAACAGCUCACAAGUCACUCUCCAUUACAGAAUACAUACAGGAGAAAAGCCUUAUAAAUGUAAUGAAUGUGGACAAGCCUUUAGUCGUCCAGGGAGCCUUAGUGAACAUCAGAAAAUUCAUUCUGUAGAGAAACCUUAUAAAUGUAGUGAGUGCGGAAAAGUCUUUAGCCGUAAUCUAUACCUUAGCCGUCAUCAAACAGUUCAUACAGGGGAAAAGUGUUAUCCCUGUAAUGAAUGUAGUAAAGCCUUCCGAAACAGCCAUUGUCUUACUCUACAUCAAAGAAUUCAUAGUGGAGAAAAGCCCUAUCAGUGUAGUGAAUGUGGAAAAGCUUUUGGCAGGAAACUAUACCUAACUCAACAUCAGAGAAUUCAUAGUGGUGAGAAACCUUAUGAAUGUACUACGUGCGGUAAGGCCUUCACUCGAUGUACAACACUUAUUCAGCAUCAGAAAAUUCAUACUAGAAAUAAAUCCUAGAGAUUUAAGAUAGAAAGAUAGACUUGUAGCAGACAUCAAAGCAUAUUACACAUUUCUUUUUUUAAUCAAAAUAUUCUGGUACUGGCAGGGGUGGGGAGAGGCAAUAGAAUAGGGAUACUAUAUAUUCAACAUAGGGAUACCUUAUAUCCAACAAAAUAAGCAUUGGUCUUCUAUAAAAUUAUAGAAAAUAUAAGCUAGCAAAAGAGGUAUUUAAGAAAUUUACCUGGGAAAAUUGGUUAGCAAUAUGGCAGGAAAAGGACUUAAAACUAUAUAUCACUAUUCAUACUUUUGGGUUCUUCCUGGUUUGUAUCCUUGAAAUAUAUGAGUAAAAUCAACUACAAAAAAAAGAAAGAAAAUGGAAUUAUGUAUUUAUUUCAAAUGUAGAAUUAAGAAAAUGUUCUAUUAAAUAAUGAAAAGGAAUUGUAAAUAAAAAUCAAAUUAACAUGUAUUUAAUGAAGAAAAUAGAAAAGUAUCCCAAAAUCUCCCAAAUUUAAAAUAGUUGAUAUCAAAUAUGAGAGACAAAUAUGAAAAAAAAAGUACUAAAAAUUGACAAAGUUCAUAAUGGAGAAAUGGUUAAUAGAUAUUAAGAGAUUAUUUUCAAAUGAAACAAAUUGCUCAAUCAAAAUUAUAUAUAAAUUAGGUAUUGAAAUUUUAAUCAAAUCUGCCUCCCACUCCCAAUUAUUAGCAGUAAUGCUGGUAGAAGUAAAGAGAUAGUGGUAGAAAUUUAUAGAUUUUUUUAGAGUAAAAUGUCUUAGUACACAUGUCACUCAAAAAACUCAUAUUUUGAUCCAACCAUUCCAUUGAUAAUAAGCAUGUACUCUGAACCUUAUCAUUGAUUUUGAUAUUUCCCAUUUGUAAUGGAAAAAAAAUUAGAAGCUAAACAAGUUGCAAGACAUUCACAUUCAAAUAUUCCAUCAUGCAAUUAAAAAAGACAAUUUUGAGGAAUUUAAAGAAAUUCUGACAAGGGUCUUUGACAAAAGUACAAAGUGCUACAACAAAGAAGUCACAGUAGCUACUACCAUGUGCGAGUGAUUGGAAUGAAAGGACAAGAAUUUGAGGGAGACUUGCAGGGUAUCUAGGAGGUUAUUGGACUUAUAUGUAUUUAGAUCUUUCAAUGUAAGUGGCUAUGCAGUUUCACUUCUUAAAGAAAUGAUAAAUAUGCAUGGAAAAGCUUAAAAAAAGUGAUACAAAGUUAGACUAAUCAGAUUCAGGGGGGAAAAUCAUAAUAACCAUAAUGGAAAUAAGCUAUCAUUUUAUUGCAAUGAUAAAAAUUAAAUGCUGUGAAAUUAUAAUGACCAAACUUGGCCCUCAAGAAGAAGGAAAUCUACACUAACCUGAAACUGAAGCAAAAAAAUCCCAAGCACAAUUAUAUUAGCAAAGAUAACAAUUGCCAGUAAAUGAGGUCAGUGACUCCUUAGUAGCCAUUGACAAACUGGAGUUUUACAGAACUUAUUUUUAUAGUCAUAAAAGAGAGUUGGAAAAAUUACUGAUUAUUGACAAAUGUUUUGAUUGAAUGGGGCGUGACCACUUGCCUUGGGGUUAAGCUAGGUACAUCCUGGAACAUUCUGUGGCUAGCUAGGCAUUUUUGCCAGUGUUUAAGGUGUUGGUGUGUUGGGGAUAAUAAUCAUCAAUAUCUGGUUAGUUUUACAUCAAUCAAUCUUGAUAUGGAGUUAUUGUGCUAACUGGAAAGUUAUGUUACUUGUGAUAAGCAUGGUUAAGAUGUCUGACUUAGUCAACCAAAAAAGGAAACUUUGAAAAGGGGAAAUGGACAUGCAUGCCAGCUCAGUUCUGCCGGAACUCAGCUCUUCAAAAACAAAGAACUUAAUCCCUGACUGUCAUGAUUAUAUAUCUCUUAAUACAGCGAUUAUAUGCUUUAAUCUUUUAUUCUAAAAGCUAUCUGAACCUGUCAUAUAUUAAAAUAAAUCAAGAUAAUCAAUACUAACUUAACUAAGGUUUAUUUCUUUCAGUGCACACACACUACUUUGCACAAAAUUUUGCAGAGUACUAUGGGUGUGGAAUAGUAUAUAUAAAAUCAGACUGUUUUUGAUGUCAGUUUUACUGAACUGUUCUUUUUCUUUUUGUUAUAAGGAGUGGCUCUCUGAAAGUAGUUCAGGGGGGAAUAUAUUGGAAAAUAUAAAUUAUAUAAAUGUAAAAUAUCAAUAAAAUUACUUAAAAAUUAAAUGUAAA